UUUUAUAUCUCACCUCUCUCACUAAUCUCUCCCUCUCUCUCUCUCGUCUCUCCCUCUCUCUCUCUCAGUCAAUCUUUCACACUUGCAUCUCGAGUAAAGUUUGUUGUUUGCUUGGAUAUUAUUACACACACUCUCAUCACUUGUUUACUAUGUGAGAAGAGGGGCAGCAGUAGAAUGGCAUAUAUGUGUACAGACAGUGGAAACCUAAUGGCGAUUGCCCAGCAAGUCAUCAAGCAGAAGCAGCAACAAGAGCAGCAGCAGCAGCAGCACCAGCAGCAGCUUCUCACCAUCAACCCCUUCUGCCUCACUCCUUGGCCCCCCACUUCCGCCGCCUCCUCCUCCCACCACACUCCCACCUCCGCCUAUGGCCUCACUGCGGGAUUCGCCGACCCGUUUCAGGUCCCAGCUGCGCCUGAAACAGCUGAACCAGGGUUUCAGUUCCCCAACCUGGACCACCACUCCAGUGGGUUCCGCUUCUCCGAUAUAUGUGGCGGACCUGGCGGUGAGUUCGACUCCGAUGAGUGGAUGGGGAGCUUAAUGGGUGGCGGAGAUUCGACGGAGAGCUCCAACCUCCAGACCGAUUGCGACGCGUGGCAGACCAGUUCUGAGUUCAGUCAUCUCUAUCCUACCGAUCCUUUCCCGAGUCGCCUCAGCAUUAACUCUUCUCCACCCUCCGAUCUCAACCGAGUUAUCUUCUCCGAACCGCCGCCCAAGUCCUCCUGGGUCCCGCCGUCCUCCGCUCCCCUACCCGCAUCAACUCAGCCAAUCACUUUGCAAGAAUCGAAGCCAGUAAGCAAAGAAGACGUUGCAGUGACUUCCGGUGCUUCCACAAGUUCAGCAGAAGCUUCACCUAAAGCAAAGCCAAUUCUGAAAGCGUUGAUAGAGUGCGCUCGUCUCUCGGAGUCGGACCCGGAAAACGCCGUGAAAUCACUGAUCCGACUCCGGGAAUCGGUGUCCCAAAACGGAGAUCCUCUGGAGCGAGUUUCGUACUACUUCUCGGAAGCCCUUUACAGCAGAGUGUCGCAUCAAGCAGAGAAAACAGCCACCAUUUACGAUACUACCUCUGAGGAGUUCACUUUAUCGUACAAAGCCCUCAACGACGCCUGCCCCUACUCUAAAUUUGCCCAUUUAACAGCAAAUCAAGCAAUUUUAGAAGCCACGGAGAAAGCGAAGAAGAUUCACAUAUUGGAUUUCGGGAUUGUGCAAGGAAUCCAAUGGGCUGCCUUUCUGCAGGCUCUGGCAACCCGGGCCUCCGGAAAACCCGAAAGGGUUCGCAUAUCGGGCAUACCCGCCCCGGCUCUCGGGAAUUCUCCAGCAGCGUCGCUUUUGGCUACCGGGAAUCGGUUGCGGGACUUUGCCAAGCUGCUGGAUCUGAAUUUCGAGUUUGAACCCGUUUUGACCCCGGUGCAGGAGCUGAAAGGCUCGAGCUUCCGGGUCCACCCGGAUGAGGUUUUGGCAGUGAACUUUAUGCUUCAAUUGUAUAAUUUGCUGGAUGAGAGCAAUGAAGGCGUUGAGGCUGCUCUCAAGCUUGCAAAGUCACUGAAUCCGUGCGUGGUCACUUUGGGUGAAUACGAAGUGAGCUUGAAUCGGGUCGGGUUCUUACACCGUUUCAAGAAUGCACUCAAAUACUACACCGCCGUCUUCGAAUCUCUCGACCCCAACUUGGCCCGGGACUCACCGGAGCGCCUCCAGGCUGAAAGAUUGUUGCUUGGUCGGAGAAUAGCCGGACUUGUCGGCCCGGAGGAAUUAAAAAGAGAGCGCAUGGAAGAUAAAGAAAGCUGGAGGUUUCUGAUGGAAGGUGCCGGUUUUCAGCCGUUGGUCUUUAGUCAUUACGCUUUGAGCCAAGCAAAAAUACUUCUUUGGAACUACAGUUACAGCUCAAUGUACAAGCUUGUUGAUUCUUCUCCACCCGGAUUCCUGUCCUUGGCUUGGAAUGAUGUUCCUCUUCUCACUGUUUCUUCAUGGCGUUGAUUGGGUUGAACUGAAUUUGACCAAGAAACUAACAAAAGAGAAGAUCGGUCGUUGUAGGAUGAUCAACAGUGGGUCGUUUUCUGAUCAAAACGACACGAAACAAGCGGGCUAUAUUAGUGCUCGACGCAUUCAAGAAUCACCAGUUUACAGCAAUGAUCUUGGGCUCUCUUAGAUUUGCAAUUUACAUUUCCUUCUUGAGAUCAGCUUUGCCUGCGGUCCCAUUUGAAGAAUGCUUAAAUUUGAGUGUUGUGUGAGUAGUGGGCUCUGAUUCUGGAGAGAGGACAUUAAUGGAGGACUGUUCCUUUAGUGGUCCAAUUUAACCAAAGGGGUAUUCAUGAUACUGACGUUG